UUUGGCUAGGGUUGCAGCAGUAAACUACUCGAGGACUCUGGAAACGAGAAGGAAAAGGAUACUUGAAGUGGAGGAGAGAUCCCUUUUGUUUGUUGCGCUGUGCACUGCCUCAUCAGCUCAAUGGAAUGGUGGUUUUGGUUUGGGAUUGGCUUCAUCUGAUCUGAUUGGCGCCUUGGCACCUGUCUUUCCUCCUUCCAGCAACAGCAUUGGCCGACGACUAUCCAUUCCCACCCCCUUCACCGCUGCUGCCACCCGUCGCGCAAUGACGACGCUCCCGCCAGGCUUGAAACCGGCUGUCCUGCCUUCUCCCCUCCAGAACCUGAUCGUCGAAAAGCUCGAGCAAUCCGCGGAUAGCGUCCACCUUUCCGAUUUGCAUGCCCUUGCCCUACAGGUCGAGCACAAUCUCAGGUACCAGCACUCGUGGACCGACCUGCACAUCCAUACCCACUCUCCCAUAUCCAACCAGCUGCUCCCUCGGCCAUUGGUAUCAGGCCUUCCUCCCCAGCGACUCUACAUCCAUCCCGACGAGCAGAUAGAGCUCCUCAAGAAUGCCGAUCGGAAGCGCAAAGCGAGCAAGCAGGCACAGGACACGCUGGAUGUGGAGGUAGCGCCAGAGCCCGAAUGGGUCCUGCCCACGAGACUCAAUGAAAAGUGGACACUCCGCCGCCUGAGUGACGUCUUCAAUGCCAUCAGCAUCGUUCCACCAACCGCAGACGAGAACGGCACUCCCAAUCCCUGGAGGACAACCAAGAGAGUACUGCUCGCUACCACUGAUUCGGACAGCACCAUCACCUACUACAUCGUCCACGAUGGAGUCGUUAAACCGAGGCAGAACUAAGGUCGACAUAUUCUAUGUACUUUGCAGCCAGGACAGCCAUUUGCACGUCAAGACCAGAAAAACUCCCUGCUUCUCAAAGACAGAGGCGAGACAUUGCGGCUACUUCCCA